AUGGUGAUGGCGCUGCAGCCCGUGCCAUCGACGCUUCAGCAUUGGUGCGAUUGGGCUCUGAUUGGGCCGUCGCGGACGGCGUCUAGUUUAAUCGAGCUGGACCCCUGGCGCCAACUGGAGGUCGCGCUUCGCCUGCGCCGCCGCCGCAAGUUCCUCAUCGAGGCCGUGCUUUUGGCGACGGGGGCUCGCCGUGCUCUGACGAUCUUUGAUUUCUUGCUGCGGCCGCAGGGGAUGCUGCUGUUUGUGGCCGCCAGCGCGCUGGUCACCGGCAUCGUCUUCGAGACCAUUCUGAAGUCUCUCACGCCGUGGGUUGCGACGAAGGAGUGGUGGCCACGCGCGCGUCCGCUUCAGAAAUCACUCAUGAUGAAUUUCGGCGUGCCCGAGGCAGCGUGCGACGACUUCACGCUGCGGCAGUACUAUUCGUACGUCAUCAUACUCUGCACUCACCAUCUGAUAUGUGGACUGAUGAUUGUGCCUGUGGUGGCCUGCGGCUGGACAGAAUCGCGGAGCACCAGCCAGGCUUGUUUCGUGGUGGCUAUUUUGAUGGAUGUCGCCGUGGAUGUCUACGAUUGGUUCAGGAUGUUCGCCAACACGUUUCUGUUCGAGUCGGUGGGGAAGAAGCUGUUCGGCGGAGUUGGGAAAGGCCUUGUGCAGAUGUUCAUCAUCCUGGGUGUGCUUCAUCAUGCGCUGGCGUUGGUCACAGUUUGCCCAUUGCUGUUGCACUGUCCAGAUCUCGCGUCCUUUCACAUUAUUGCAAUGUCACUCCUACUCGCGGCUGGCAUCUGCUUCACCUCGGGAUCCUACAAGUUCACGCUGGACUUGACGAAGUUUCUUGAUUGGUGCCAGUUCAAAUUCAUCAAGCGUGAGGCUUUGGAGAAGGGGUCCACCCAAGUUAUCCGAUGGGGAAUCCAGCAGGUCCAGAAAGCGCCCAACAGGUCUACUCCGAUCUUCGCGGGGGACUUCAAUGCACAGAUGGGCCUCAGAUGGGGGCUCGCGAACUUCUUCGCCUUCGGCAUCGGCCAGAACGUGAUCGGCAAUCUGAUCCAGGAUGAGUUGCUGGCCCCUCUGGAGAUGUUUGACGCGGGGCUCAGAGACCAAGUAUCGGCCUGUAAGGUACUAUGGAACCCCGCGAAGCGCCUCCAGUUGAUCCCGUCACAGAACCCCAGAGACCACGUUCUGAUCUUGCUGCAGAUGACCAUUUCGGAACAGUACGAACCAGCAUCGGCCAGGGACGAGCGGUGGGAUCGCCACAAACUCGCGGCCGCAGUCCAGCGCGGAGUGGGUAGGCCGGAGUUUCUGGGCGACUUAGAGAAGGCCAUGCAGGAGCACGCACCUGAGAUGCAACGACGCCUACAAAGGGGUGAGCUUGACCGAGCGUGGCAGGGGUGGAUGGACAUUGUUCGUAGGACAGGACUUGCUCACUUCGCGCAGAAGCAAAAGGAGCUCGACCCAGCACGCAACGGGAAGGUGGGGGCGCUGGGGAAACGUCUGAUUAACGUGAUGUGCCCAUACUGGAAAUGCUUCUACGGGGGGCUGCUGAAGCACAACUUGUACAAAAAAGGGGUCCACUGGCCGGCUGGGUUUCAUGGUUUUCUUCCCCGACGUAGGAGGGAGGACGCGAUCGCAGUGCAGAUGUGCAUGGGCCAUUUCUAUCGUACCUAUCGUAUUGCACACCUGAACCACUUGCAUGAUAUGUCGAAUGCCUGUGCCUCCACCACGGCGCGAGCGAGGACUGAGGCGAUCAAUGAGCUCUUCACCCAUCCCGACGCAGCGUUGAUGCAUUCCAGAUCUCAGACUUCAGGGAUCGUGAUGAUCUUCGAGACGGGUGGCACCCAGCCUUGGCAGGAUCCCAGAAACCUAGCUGUUCGACACCGACGAGGGGGACUUAUGGGGUCUAGUGAGGAGCCCGUGGUGUUCGCGAAGGUAAUGGAGAGCCCCAUGAGAUCGUGGACCGACGAACGUUCGGUGAAUGAGACGGCCACGCACCUGCGGCGCGGCAUCUAUAACUCCCUGUGCUGUGGGGCGACGACGGUGUACGCCGACGAUAUAUUCGAUACGAUGCCGAUCGACGAGACGACGCAGACCAAGAUCGAUGAGAAACUAAAACACAGCGACGACGUGCUCGAUGGGGUCCUGGGGGCUAAAGGUCUCAUUCAGAACUAUAGUAAGCGAGAAACCGUUCCUUGUCUUCGCAGUCAUCAAGCGAACCGAGACUUCUCGGCCGAGUUUAAGAUGGGCAAGGCACGAGCUAAAGCUAGAUCCCUGGGUUGCCGUUACGCAUGGAAUCUAUCGAGUAUGGAAGAGUUUCGCUAUCGCUGCGCAGCUGUCCACGCUGGGUGGGGGGAGCUAGGUAAGUUCUGGGCCAGCCGUACAAGUGAAUCCCUGAAGAUCCUGGCCUUUAGGGGCCACGUGGUGGAAGCCGCCUUAUCCGCGAACGAACCUUUCGUGUUUCCGAGGGCCCAGACCCAGCAGCUGGACGGGAUUCUGGAUAAGUACCUUCGAGUUUUGCAGCGUGGCAAAGCCGCGGACUGGUCAGGCGAGCAUCCGCACUCGUCAUCGAAUUCGACGCUUAGGCAGAGGUGGCGCCUGAUGCCGAUCCGCUUCGGGCAGGCGGCCAGACGCUUCGGAUGGGUGCAGCAGAUGGCCAAGGGCGCCCUCGCGCACCAGCAGCGGGCGCGCCUAGUCAUGGCGCUGGUGCUGGCGAGCGGCACCGACAGCAAGAAGGGGCCCGAGUUUCAGCGAGCGGUCAGACGCCGCGACGAGGGGAACGGCGGCCAGACUGCCCAGAAGACCGCCGCAGGCAUCAACGGCCACAGCAAAGGACUGUACGUGCUGAUGAUGAAAAUGCUGCUCUCGCUCGCUCAGAGCCGUCGGAAUAUCGAGGGAGUGUUCGACGUGCUAAUUGUCCCAGCCGAGCUCCCCGAGGUGCUGAAGAUGCAGGGGCAGGGCUCGGCCUACAGCGCCCAGGUCCAGGCCAAGGGCAAGGACCGCGGGCUCGGCGCGCCCCACUUGUUCGUGUUCGGGGGCCUGCUGGAGGCGCUGCUGCUGCGCCAACAGAGCAUUGGCAAAGUGAACUUCGAGAAGCUGACCGAGUUCAAGGCUCGGCUCCAGUCGCCCGAUUACGAAGAAAAGAUGGACAUCAUCCGCUUCACCAAGGUAGACAGGUGCUACGACCAGGGCAAGCGCAGGAUCACGCUGUGCCUUCAGGAGGGCCGCAAGGAGGUGAUCGGCGCCCUCCAGCAGCUGGGCGCGGAGCUGAAAUCGGGCAGAGCGCCGGCGAGCCACAUGGAGCGCGAGUUGCAGGAGUGGCUGGAGGUGUUCCUGCAGAUCACAUAUGCCAAUGAGAACGGCGUCGCCUUGGAGGGUGUCUUCGGGGUCCACGGGGUCGCAGAUGCCAAUGAGGAGGGUUUCGCCAAUGCGGAAUUCUUCUGGGUCGACGGGAUCACAGAUGCCAAUGAGGAGGGUUUCGCCUUUGAGGAUUUCUUCGGGGUCCACGGGAUCACAGAUGCCAAUGAGGACGGUUUCCUUGGGGACGUCGGGAUCACAGAUGCCAAUGAGGAGGGUUUCGCCCUUGAGGGCCUCUUCUGGGACGAGGGGAUCACAGAUGCCAAUGAGCGGAGCUGGCCAGAGCUGGCGCUGAGCGAGGACGAGGGAUGGAUGGGCAGGGCGGGGAGCAGGAAGAUGAGGAUCAUCGGCCGCGUCCCGACCCUCAGUCCAGGUUUCGGGAUUGUGGAAGCACCCCAGCUCAUCCCCGUCAACCCGGCGGGGAUGUGCCGAGACAGGUUUCGCGCAAACACGUUCCGAAUCGUUUGGCGAGGAUCCGAGCGGUUCGAGGAGCAGAGGAGCAGAGGCUCUCUCAGCCUCUUCAGAGACAUUGACCUCGCAGAUCUCGACGCGGGGGCCCACGGAUCUGGGGAGAGCGCGCCCCAGCCGGGGUACGUAUCCACGAACAAGGACGUGCCGGUGGUGGUGGUCUCCAGCGAGAUCAGCCCUUGGUCGAAGUCCGGGGGCCUCGCGCUGGUCACCGCCUCGCUGGCGGUGGAGUUCGCGGAGCGCGGGCACCGCACGAUGGCCAUCAGCCCGAUGUACGACGACUACAAGGACGCCGCGGGCCGGAGGCGCAUCGGCCUCAUGGGUGGCGAGCAUGAGGUGAAGUUCUUCCAUUUGUGGCACCAGGUCAGUGAGGGCAAGGGUGUGGACUAUGUCUUCGUGGACCACCCGAGCUACCACAGGCCUGGUGGCUUGUACUACAACGCCCAGGAGGGCGUGGAGUACGCCGACAACCUGUACCGGUUCGCACUCUUCUGCCUCGCUGCGCUGGAGGCGCCCAGUUGCCUCGCUCCCGGCGGCGUUCCGUUCGGCGACCGGUGCCUGUUCUUGGCGAACGACUGGCAGGCCGCGCUGCUGCCAGUGUACCUCACGCACCGGAUGCGGCCCUCCGGGAGGUACACGGGCUCGCGGUGCAUCUUCGUCGUCCACAACUUCGGCUACCAGGGCAUCUACCCGUGCAACAAGCUUAUGAAUUUCGAUGGGAACGCGCUUCCUUCGAUCGUGAAGAACGUCGACAUCCACGAUUUCGGCUUGGACGGCACAGGGGCCUACGAGCACAUGAUUUAUCAGUAUCCUCCUGAACAGCGCUCUUAUGACGGGGACGACGGCAACGUGUGGAACCUGACCAAGGGUGCCAUCAUGACUUGCGACCGCAUGCUGACCGUGUCGCCCGGCUACGCCAACGAGAUGAAGAUCCCCGAGGGCGGCUUCCGCUUGGAGGAGCUCGUGAGACAGAAGGAGUUCUUCAUGGUGGGCAUAUUGAACGGCAUUGACGUGGCGGCGUGGAACCCCCGCACCGACAAGCUCCUUGCCUGUCAGUACGACGCGGACUCCUUGGCAGAGGGGAAGGCGAUGUGCAAGCGGCAGCUGCAGGAGAAGGUUGGCCUGAGCCAGGACCCCGACCUGAUCUUGGCGAGCUUCGUCGGCAGGCUCACAGACCAGAAGGGGCUCGACCUGAUCUGCGAGGCCUUGGAGUGGAUGAUGCAGGACACCGGCAACGGCGUGACUGGUAGAAUUCAGAUUUUCCUGAUGGGUAACGGGGACGACAACUACGUGCGACUCAUCCACAGUGCCGCGGACAGGUUUCCCGGGCGCGUGGCGGCCCACAAGUUUGUCCCCGAGCUGGAGCACAUGUUGUACGCGGGCAGCGAUUUCCUUUUGAUGCCCUCCAGGUACGAGCCGUGCGGGCUGCCCCAGAUGUGCGCGCAGAGGUAUGGCUGCGUCCCGAUCGUCACGUUGUGCGGGGGCCUGAAGGACUCCGUGGUCGUGGAGCCGCCGGAGGAGGCCACUGGCUUCGGCAUACUGCCGCUGAGCAUCCACAAGUUCAAGGAGGUGUCCUACAGCGCGUUCGACACAUUCUUCAAUCGGCCAGAGGAGUACCGUUCCAUGCAGCUGCGCGGCUUCGAGACGGACUUCUCGUGGUGCCCGCGCAUCGACGACUACGAGAGGAACAUGGAUUGGGCUCUAGGCGAUCCCCCCUACGUGAGAUAG